AUGGCUUAUCGAAUAACACCUUUAAAAUUCAUGCAUAAAAAUUGGCUUCUUAUCGGCAUAUUAUGUUGUAUAUUUGCAGCCGGUGUUUAUCCUAAAUUGGGCUCUAAAGAAGGACCUCUGUGGACGCAAUAUACAGUUAAAUACGGCGCUAUAUUCAUAAUAUUUUUCUCUAGCGGUGUAUCAUUAAAAACCGAAAAUAUAUACAGGGCGAUGCGACAGUACAAAUUACACGGCUUCAUUCAGCUUUUUACAUUCCUAUUCGUACCUGUUUUUGCUGUGAUCUUCGUAAAAUGCCUUUCUAUAAUCAACGUGCAUCCUUGGGUUCUUAAAGGAAUAUUCACUGUAGCAAGUAUGCCUCCACCAGUCUCCAGUGCUGUUAUUCUAACCAGAGCAGCGCAAGGAAACGAAGCUGCAGCUAUAUUCAAUUCAGUGCUAGGGAGUUUCAUGGGAAUCGUAUUGACUCCAAUUUUACUUCUAUUUCACUUAGGUUCGACAACUAUAGUACCUUUCUUGGAUACAGUGUUACAACUUAUGGUUACAGUUUUACUACCUUUAUUAAUUGGUCAGGUAUUAAAGAUGUGGUUAAACGUUCAAUUUCGACAUGUGGCUUUGAAUACACUCAGUCAAUGCGCUUUAUUAUUCGUGAUAUAUACUACAUUUUGUGAUACAUUUCUCGUAACCGAAACAGGGUUAUCGGCUGUAGAUGUGCUUUACACAAUUUUUUCAGUUCUGCUCAUGCAAAUAUCGUUGGUAUUGAUUUGUUUCAACGUAGCUAAAAAAUUCGAUCAGUACUACAGUCCUCCCGAUGUGAUUGCUAUAGUGUUUUGUUCGACUCACAAAUCGCUUACUUUAGGCAUACCCAUUCUUCGUAUAAUGUUUCAUGGCUAUUCGCACUUGAGCCAAAUCAGUCUGCCAUUGUUAGUCUAUCAUCCAAUGCAAAUAAUUUUAGGCGGAUUGGUGGCCCCGCAAAUUAAAGAUUGGAUGCACGCCCAGAGCGCUAAGAAACUGACCGUUUGA